AUGGAUGAAAUAAUUUAUUUCUAUGAUGAGGAAGAGGUAUUUAAUAUAAAUAUGAGUUAAGAAUACUUUUAAAGGCGUUGAUGCUUUAAAAUAGAUGGGAAAUGUAAGACAAGUGUGUAAGGGAUUCCUCAAAAAUUAAUAUCAAAUUUUAUCAGGUAUUUUUGUUGGUUAGUCUGUUUAGAGAAUGGAUGUGUUUACUAUUUAGAACUUGGGAGAUCAUUUUACAGAAUUCCAACUUGGAAUUGUAAAGUGAAACAAAUAGCAACAAAUGAAUCAGUUACUUUGUUGUUAACCUACUCAGGAUAGUUAUUUGGAUUUGGAGAGGAUAAAUUAUAAUUAGGUAAGACUGAUAAUAUCUUUAGGUUUGUUGGGUAAUGAGAAAUGCUAUAUUUCAUAAACCCCAAUAAAGAUCGGUAACGAUUACAAGAGCAUAUCGUUAUCUACUAACAUUGGAUGUGGUUUGGAUUACAAAGGAUAAGCAUGGAUAUGGGGUAAUUCUCCUUUGGGUAGAAGCGAUAUUCCAACGAGAAUAGAUGGGAGGUUUAUAAAGAUCUGCGCUGCAAAAGAUUAUGUUAUUUUUACUGAUCAACAGGCAUAAGUGUAAGUGUUGAGUGAAAUAUUUAAAUUAUCAAAUGAAUACUUCACAUGUUAAAAUAUGUGGGCAAUUACAAGGGCAGAGUAGAUAGACUCAAACUAUUUAAUAGUGAAUGAGAUUAUACCAAAUGACAGAUAUUCAAUCUUACUAUCAAGUAAUUAUUCACUAUACAAAUAGAUAAAAAUCGAAUGUUUAUAUUGAUUAACAAUAAUGGAAGAUAUAUAAUAAGGAGAUUGGCAAUAAAUAUUAGAAUUCACCACUUAUCUUAGACUAACUACUUCAUUUAUUGUUUUACUGAGGAGGGUCGAUUGAUCAAAAUUGAUAAGGCAAAUCUUUAUACAAAUGAAAACAAUGAAUUAUAACAAAUUAAUGAGCAGAUUAGAUUCCAACUACCAGAAUUUGAAUUAAAGUAUUUAAGUUCAAUCCAACCAAUUUUUGCUACUAAAUAUGCUUUCAAUUUGCCUGCCUUCACUGUUGACAAACGAAGAUUUAAUGAAGGUAUAUCAGUGUUAAGAUAAUAACAUAUUGAAGUAGAUGUCUAAGCUCAUUUGAGAUCAACAGAAACCAAAUUGUCAAUCAUAAAAUAAAUGUCUCCUAUGAAAAGUUCAUAACAAUUAUUCUCAUCUCGAGUCAUGAGUAAAUCUAGAACCUCAAUUGCAUCUCCAAUGCAGAGAUUCUAUUAUUCUCCUCAAUAACAGGAUAAGAUGCAUCACUUUCAAACUCCAAAAAAAGGAGUUCCUACUACUCCUGCAAGGUAUGUCCAAACAUUCCUUACCUAACAUUCUCCAAGUCCCAUAGGCAAAUCCUUUAUAUAAGAAUAGAGGAACAACUAAGUUUCUUCAGUGAAAAAGGCUAAUUUAAUCAGAUUACUUAUUUAAGACAUUCAAAAGUCUCUUAAUAAACUUGGCAAUUUGCAAUAAGUUCCAGUCGAUAUGAGAGAUCGCACUCAUUCGAGAAGAAGCAGUUCUGUACAUUUAGAUUAAGUUUAAUCCAUGAUUGUUGAAUUAGGAAAUGCACAAUAAAGAAAUAACAGUCAAGAAAAAACCAAUAAAUUAAAUAAUUCUUUCAAUAGUAGAGUAUCUUAACAUGAUAAUAAAAAUACGAAUGCUAGUUCCCUCUUUCAAUCGGAAUAGGAUUUAAUUGAAGAAUUAAGAGCCUCAGAACCAUUAGAUAUGAUAGAAGAAGAAUAUUUAGAAUAUGAUGAGGAAACUGACUAAGUUAAAAGGGUCUUAAUAAGACGACCUAUUGACUAAGAUUAUGAAUAUGGUAAUAACCUCAAAUAAGAUAUGGGUGAUGGUAAAAUAUUAGUUUCUCGAAAAUUGGUCAAUGUUACAGAUGAACUUGGAUGGAAUCGAUAAGAAAAUGGAGAACUCAAAAAAGUCAUUAGUGAAUAAGAACCCUAGAAAUAUAUUGAAGAAGAAAUUCUAAUUGAAAAUCCUAAAACUGGUUAAUUGACUAGAAAAAUAGUGAGAAUACCUUAUAAUGAUUAAAAUGUUAAAUUGGGAGAAGGAUUAAGCGAGAUUAAUGCAUAAGGAUAAAGAAUUAUAGGUCGUAGAAUUGUUGCAAAUGAAUACUCAACUGAAUAACUCGAGUAGGAAGGAUGGGUUACAAAAGAAUCUAAAUUAGAAAGAAUACUUGGUAAUAGAGAACCAAAUAAAUAUGUUGAAGAAGAAAUAUUAGAAGUAAAUCCAUAAACAGGUAAAAUAGAAAGAAAAAUAAUUAGAAGGAAAUACGACAAAAAUAGAAAAUUAGAGGAGGGACAAAAAUUAGUCUCAAGCAGAAUUGUAGAUAAUAUAUAAUCAUCUAAAUAAUUGGCGUAGGAUGGUUGGGAAUGUAAUUUCAAUUUAGGAACUGCUUAGAAAUAUAUUAAAAAUGAAGAUGAAGUCUUUUAUGUUGAAGAAGAAAUAUUAAUUGUAUCUUAAAAGAAACAAGACAGAAAAUUAAUAAGAAAGAUCUAUUUUGAUGAAUAAUCUCUAAAUAAAAUCUAAUAGGAAUUUGGAGAAAAUUUAUAUGAAAUUUAAAUUUAAGGAAUAAGAAUAAUUGCUAGAAGAAUAAUUAGGGGAGAGAACUAAAUAGAAAGUGAUUGGAAAUAUUAUUCAGAUAAAAAAUAAUGGGAAAAAAUACUUAAAUAAGGAGAGUCAUGCAAAUAUGUCUAAGAAAUUAUUGUUGAAAUAGAUUUUGACAAUUAUGAUUAGACCAAAAAAUCAAUCAGAUAUGAUUUAGAAGUCAAUGAACAAAAUUUGAUACUAGGAGAUCAUCUAGAUGAACUUUAGUUUGAUGGUAGUUAGAUUAUUUCAAGAGAAGUAGGUGAUAAUAUUGAAUCUACAAUUUAUCUUAGAGAACAAGGAUGGAUUAAAAAUAGAAGUGGUUAAUUGGAAAAAAUAAUAUCUAUUGAUAAAAUAUUACAUUUCUAUGAAGAAGAGAUUUUAAUACAAAAUUUAUCAGCUGGUAAAUAAUAAAGAAAAUUAAUUCGAAGACCUAUUUUAGAAGAAGGGGAAAAAUGUUAAUUAGGAGAAGAUUUAAAUGAAAGAAUGUCUGAUGAUUAAGUUGUUGUUAGUCGAAAAAUUGUGAAGAAUGAUGGCAAUCUUGAAAAUUGGAAGAAAAAUGAGAUUACAAGAAAUUUAGAAAAAGUUUUAAUUUAGAGUGAGCCAAUCGAAUUUAUUGAAGAAGAAGUACUCACAUUUAAUCAAUAAACUGGAACUAUGAUCAGAUAACUAAUAAAAAGACCAUCUGUUAAUAAAGAUAAAAUUUAAUUUGGUCAUUUAAAAGAAGUUGAUAAGGAUGGUAAUAUUAUUGUUAAGCGUACACUUGUCCCUAAUUUAAAGUUACUUGGUUCAGAUUGGACAAGAGGAUCUAUGGGAUCAUAUAGGUAAACUAUAGCUGAAGAACCUGAAGAAUAUAUUGAAGAAGAAAUAAUAGUGAUUAAAAAUGGAAAAUAGGAGAGAAAACUAGUUAGAAGACCUUUUCUUCAAGAUGAUUUAUAAAGAAAUUAUGGGGAUGAUAUUAAUGAUAUUAAUGAAAAUGGAGAAAGAAUAGUUGCAAGAAGAGUUGUUGGAAAUGAUCAAUCAAAGGAAUUAUUAGAAUAACAAGGGUGGAAAGUAAAUGAAAAUGGAGAAUUAGAAAUUAAGUAGAUAGAACCUACCUAAUAUCUCAUUGAAGAAGUCUUAUGUUUUAAUAAAGAAACAGGUAAUUAUGAGAGGAAAAUGAUCAAAAGACAAUUGACUAAAUAAGAUGAGAAAUUAAAUUAUGGGGAGAAUUUAGCUGAGGUAGACAAGAAUGGGAAUAAAAUAUUAUCCAGGUAAGUAAUUUAAAAUGUUUAAUCUCUUAAUAAAUAGAAGGAAGAAGGUUGGAUUGAAUAAAAUGGAAAAUACGAGAAAAUCAUUAGCAUUUAAGAACCUGAAAAAUAUAUUGAAGAAGAAGUGCUCAUCUUAAAAAAUGGAAUCUAAGAGAGAAAACUAAUUAGAAGACCAUACAAUAAUUAAUAAGUCAAUAUUGGAGAAAAUUUAAAUGAAGAUCAUAAUGGAAUGAAAAUUGUAUCUAGAAGGAUUGUGUCUAAUGAUUAAUCAUCUUCAUAAUUGCAAAAUGAAAAUUGGGUUAGAAACAAUAAAGGCUAAUUAGAAUUAUAAAUAUCAAAGUCUGAGCCUUAACAAUAUGUUGAAGAGGAGGUUCUAGAAUAUAAUUAAGAGACUGGACUUCUGGAAAGAAAAUUAAUUCGCAGAUAAUAUAAUCCAAAUAAGGAUGGUAAAUUAUAAACUGGAGUGGAAAUAAAUGAAAUUGAUUCUAAUGGAAAUAAAAUAUUAUCUAGGUCGAUCAUUGAUAAUACUAAAUCAUUCAAAUCUAACCAAUAGGACGGAUGGAGUGCUUAAAAUAAUGGAACUUAAAUUAAAAUAAUUUCAUCCUAAGAACCUGAAGCAUAUAUAGAAGAAGAAAUCCUUGUUGUAAAUCCAAAAACAGGCAAGUAAGAAAGGAAACUUAUUAGAAAACCUUAUUAUCAAGAGGAUCUUGAUCUUGGAGAAUCAAUUAAUGAAAUUAAGGAUGGAUAAAGAGUAGUUGCGAGAAGGAUUGUAUAAAAUGAUCAAUCAAUUUAUGGAUAAAAAAAUUGGUAAUAAAAAAAAGGGUAAGAAAUCCAAGAGAUUAUUCUCAAUGAAGAACCUACAUAAUACAUAGAAGAAGAAAUAUUAAUUAAGGAUAAAAAUGGUUAAAUUGUUCGAUAAAAAGUAAGAAAGCCUUAUGAUCCAAAUAAAAAAGUAUAAACUGGAAAUGUUAAUGAAUAACUUUAAGAUGGAACGGUUGUAGUUAAUAGAAAGAUAAUUGACAAUAAUUGUUCAUAAUCUGAAAUGAAAAAUUGGAAACCUGAUAACAAAGGAUAGUUGGUUCAAGUUAUUAAUUAAAAUGAACCAGAACGAUAUAUAGAAUAAGAAGUUUUGAUAAUUAAUCCGAAAACUGGAAGACAAGAAAGAAAAUUGAUAAGGAAGCCAUACACUAAUUAAAAUGAAGUUAUUGGAGAUGAUUUGAAUGAAUCGAUAGGUCCUAAUAUGAAAGUAAUUUCAAGGAGAAUAGUCUCAAAUGAGCAUUGCUCUGAUGACUGGUAAUUUAAUAAUGGCCAAUUUGAGUAGAUCUUAAAUAACAAUGAGCCUGUAAAAUAUUUAGAAGAAGAGGUUCUGGUUAAAAAUAAUUAGACUGGACAAUUAGAAAGGAAAUUAAUAAGAAGACCAUUCUAGAAAGAUCAAAAAUUAGGUGAUAACUUAAAUGAAUAAAGAGAUGGUAUGACUGUAUUAAGUAGAAAGGUUGUUGAUAAUAGAUCAAAGUAGGGAUGGGAAUAAAAAGGAUAAAAUCUUGAAAAAGUCCUAAAUGAUAAUGAAGUUGAAGAGUACAUUGAGGAUGAAAUAAUCAUUUAAAAUAAAAAAACUGGUAAACAAGAGAGGAAACUAAUUAGAAGAAAUGUAAAUGAUCCUCCUCCAAAGGAAGGUAUAGUUGUAUCAAGUAAAAGAGUGUAAAAUACAGAAACCAAUGAAUAAAUAAAAUAAGCAGGUUGGGUUAAAUAGGAUGGUUAACUUGUAAAAGUAGUUGCAAAGAAUGAACCAACUAAAAUGAUUAUAGAGGAAGUGUUGCAAUAUAAUGAUGAAACCGGAUUAAUGGAAAGGAAAUUAGUAAAGAGACCCUAUGAUCCUAAUAAUAAGAAAUAAGAUAUACAAAAUGGAACUGUAUUAUCAAGAAAAAUCGUUGAUAAUGUAGAGGCAUAAGAUUAAGGGUAAUAAUGGGUGUUGAAGAAUGGGCAAUAUGAGUAGAUUUUGUGCGAUGAUGAACCUGAAUAGUUUGUAGAAGAAGAAAUAAUAAUUAUAAAUUAAAAGACUGGAAAAUAAGAAAGAAAAUUAGUAAGAAGACCUUUGAGAAAUGAUGAGGAUCCAGACAUCGGAGAAUCACUAAAUGAAUCAUUAGGAAAUGGAAAAAAGAUUGUAGCUAGAAGAAUCAUCUAAAACAAUCAAACUAGUGAAGAACUUUAAUAAUGGCAGAAAAAUGGGGAAGUGAUGGAAAAAUAAUUGGCUUCUGAUGAACCAACUAAAUUUAUAGAGGAAGAAAUACUUGUCCUUAAUCCAGAAACUAAAUAAUUAGAGAGAGUGCUUGUAAGAAGGCAAUAUCAGCCAUGUGAAGUUGGAUAAGUUAGUGAAACUGAUAAAGACGGUAAUAAAAUAGUUUCAAGGAGGAUCGUCGAUAAUGUGGAGUCUUCAUAAAAUGGAUGGUAAAAGGUUAAAGGGAUAUUGAAAAAGGUUGUUGCUGUUGAGCCAGUUAGAUAUAUAGAAGAAGAAGUCUUAAUUAUAAAUUAGAAGACCGGAAAGCAAGAAAGAAAACUCAUUAGAAGACCAUUGAAUGAUGGAUAAGAUCCAGGUGAAUUAGGUGAUUCUUUGAAUAUUUCUUCUGAGGAAGGUUAUAAAAUUGUUUCCAGAAAGAUUGUAGAUAAUAAUUAAGCUAAAGAAGCAAUGUAAGAAUGGGAUGAAAUUGAUGGUGUCAAAAUUAAAAAGAUUGGGGUUGAACCCGUCAAAUUUAUUGAGGAAGAAGUUUUAGUGUUAAAUCCAGAGACGGGUAUGAUGGAAAGAAAGAUAAUCAAAAAACCCUAUAAUCCGUCAGCUAAAGUUGGAAAUAAUCUUAAUAUUUAAGAUUCUUAGGGAAAUCUAGUACUCUCAAGGAAGGUUGUUGAAAAUAAUCAAUCAACCUCUAAAUCAUAAUGGAAAUAAGGAUAAACAGAAAUCUUGAUUCAAGAAGAGCCAGCUUAAUAUAUUGAAGAAGAAAUUUUAGUAUUAAAUCCUAAGACUGGAAAACAAGAACGAAAAAUAGUCAGAAAACCAUAUUAUGGGGAAGAUGUUGAAUUGGGGGAUGAAUUAGAUGAAGAAGUAUCUAAGGAUUAGCACGUAGUUGCAAGGAGAAUUGUAAACAAUGAUUAAUCACUCGAUUAAUUAAAAUAAUGGAAAAAAUAAGGAGAUGAAUUGGUGAUGACUCUCAACUCUAACGAACCAGCCUAAUAAAUCGAAGAGGAAGUCUUAGUUCGUAAUCCUGAAACAGGGAUGAUGGAAAGAAAGAUUAUUAGAAGAGACUAAAGUUCAUAACCUUAAUAUGAUAAAGUGAUUUCAAGGAAGGUUGUUGAUAAUAGAAAAUCUUCUAUUGUUCUUAGUAAAUAAGGAUGGAAAUAAAGUAAUCCUGGAGCUAUUGAAGUAGUUUUGGGAGAAGAACCUGAAUAAUAUAUUGAAGAAGAAAUCAUCUAAGUGAAUCCUAAAACAGGUAAAUAGGAAAGAAAGUUAAUCAGAAGACCAUAUUUCGGAUAAGAUAUUGAAGUUAGUGAUGAGUUGAAUGAAUCAAUAGGAGGAGGCUAGAGAGUAGUUGCAAGGAGAAUAGUUGAUAAUGAUGCCUAAGUAAAUUGGGAAAAGAAGAAUAAUUAAUAUGAGUUGAAAAUUGGAAAUGCAGAACCAACCAAAUUUAUCGAAGAAGAAGUGGUCUUCUUUAAUCCAAAAACAGGAAUGGUUGAAACAAAAAUAAUUAGAAAGCCAUAUUAAAAGAAUGCAAAAUUAGGAAGUGAAUUAAAUGAAGAGACAAGUGAUGGUGUAGUCCUAUCUAGGAAGAUAGUUGAUAAUUUUGAAUCAAUAAAAAAAUAGGAAGAAUGGUAGAAGGGUUAGGAUGGAAAUAUGGUGAAAAUAAUCUCAACAAAGAAGCCUGAUUAAUUUAUUGAAGAAGAAGUUAUAAUAGUCAAGAAUGGUAAAUAGGAAAGAAAGAUUGUUAGAAAACCAAUAUUAUAUGAUUAAUAAGUAGAAGAAUCUGAUGAUUUGAAUUAAGAUGUUGGAAAUGGAUAAAGAGUACUUUCAAGAAAAAUAGUUAAAGGAGAAGAAGGAAAGGAGUUUGAAUUAAAAAAUGGAGUAUUUGAGAGGUAAAUUUCAAAGAAUGAACCAACCAAAUUCAUAGAAGAAGAGAUCCUAGUUUAUAAUGAAGAAACGGGAAUGAUGGAUAGAAAAUUAAUAAGAAGACCAUUUACAGAGGGCCAAAGAUAGUUUGAUGAAAAUGGAAAUAAGAUAUUAUCAUCAAAAGUAAUUGACAAUAAUAAAUCAUCAAAUUCUAUGUAAGAAUGGAAUUCUAGUAAAAAUGGGUAAAAAGAAAUAAUAUUAUCAGCUGAACCAGAAUAAUAUUAUGAAGAAGAAGUCCUAAUAUUUAAGAAUGGAAAGGCUGAAAGAAAAUUGAUUAGAAAACCAUGCAAUGGAUAAUAAUUGAAGUUAGGAGAUGAAUUAAAUGAAAAUGAUGGAUAAAUGAAAAUACUCUCUAGAAAGAUUGUAAAUAAUGAAAUGACUACUAAUUAAAAAUAAGAGUGGAGUUAAUAAUAAAAUGGAUGUUUAGAGAAGGUUUUAUCUUAAAGUGAACCUAUAAAAUACAUUGAAGAAGAAGUCCUGGUUUGCAAUGAGGAAACUGGUAUGAUGGAGAGAAAAAUCAUAAGAAGACCUUUAACUUAAAAAGAUACUUAAUUAAAAUAAGGAAAUAAUCUAACAGAAGUUAAUUCAUAGGGUGAUAGAGUUGUGUCAAGAAAGAUUGUUGAAAACGCUUUGACUGAAGAAAAGAAAUAGGAAUGGGUUAUGGAUAAAAAUGGGAAGAUGGAAAAAAUUAUCUCCCAAGAACCUUUAUAAUACAUUGAAGAAGAGGUUAUAGUGAUGAACAAAAAUGGAAAAUAAGAAAGAAAAUUAAUAAGAAAACCAUAUAAUGGAUAAGAUUUGUAGGUUGGUGAAGAUUUAAAUGAAGGAAAAGGAAAUACUAAAGUUGUAGCUAGAAGAUUAAUUGAUAAUUAAUAAUCAAGUGCUGAAUUAUAAAAAUGGUAGAAGAAAGGAGACUAAAUGGAAUUAGUGUUGGUUAAGGAAGAACCAACUUAAGUUGUAGUUGAGGAAGUACUUAUGUAUAAUGCUGAAAAAGGUGUUAUGGAGAGAAAGUUCAUUACUAGACCGAUAAACUCUUAAGAAAUUGAAGAUCCUAAUGUGAAAGUAUUAUCAAGAAAAGUUGUUGAUAAUUUAAAGAGUUAAUAAUUGGGUGAAUAAGUGAUUGCAGAAGAACCUGAAUAAUAUAUUGAAGAGGAAAUCAUCACUAUAAAUCCAAGGACUGGUAAAUAGGAGAGAAAACUCAUCAGAAGACCUUAUUAUGGAGAAGAAGUUGAAUUAGGUGAUGAUAUGGAUGAAGCUGGACAAAAAGGAGAGAGAAUCAUUUCAAGAAGAAUAGUUGAAAACGAGGAGACUACUGAAGGAUUAAAGGAGUGGAAACAACAACCUGAUGGUUCAAUGGUUAAAAUAUUGGCUUAGAAUGAACCUGUUAAAUAUAUUGAAGAAGAAAUCUUAGUUUUAAAUCCUGAAACUCAAUAGAUGGAAAGAAAGCUAAUUCGUAAACCUUAUAAUCCUAAUGCUAAAUUAGGAAAUGUAAAGGAAACCGAUUAAGAUGGUAAUGUGAUUGUUUCAAGAAAAAUAGUAGAGAACAAACAGUCAUAACGAAGAUGGACAGUAAAAUAAGAUGGAAAAUUAGAAUAAGUAAUUUCUAAGGCUGAACCAAUUCAAUUUAUUGAAGAGGAAGUAUUGAUUCUAAAUCCUAAAACAAAUCAGAUGGAAAGGAAGAUUAUUCGUAGACCAAUGUAAGCAGGAGAUUCAGAAUUGGAUACGGGGGAUUCUUUGAAUGAAUCUAGGGGGAAUUAAAAGGUUGUUGCAAGAAGAGUAGUGUAAAAUGAAUAAUCUCAAGAUUAAUUGUAAAAGGAAGGAUGGGUAAUUGAUAAUAAAUCAGGGUAAAUGGAGUUGGUCUCGAAAGAACCCGUUAAAUAUAUAUAAGAAGAGAUACUAGUUUAAACAGAAGAUGGAUAAUUAGUAAGAAAGUUAGUCAGAAAACCAUUUAAUCCAAAACUGAAAAUUGGAAAUAAUCUAUAAGAAACGGAUAAUGAGGGUAAUAGAGUGUUGUCAAGGACAGUUAUUGAAAAUAAUUAAUCAUUGGCUAGCUUAUAAGCUGAUGGAUGGAAUGUAUAAAAACAGGAGAAAGUUAUAUCUCAAGAACCUUUGUAAUAUAUUGAAGAGGAAGUAAUUAUUGUAAACCCAAAGACUGGAAAAUAGGAAAGAAAAAUAAUAAGAAAACCGUAUUAUAACGAGGACUUGGCCAUUGGUGAUUAAUUAAAUGAAGUAAAUGGUGGCUAGAGAGUGCUAGCAAGAAGGAUAGUGGAUAAUGAAUAAUCACUAAAUUAAUUGAAUGAAGAAGGAUGGAAAAUGAAAGAUGGAAAUUUGGAAAUAACAAUGACAGAGCCAUCUUAAAUGAUUGAAGAAGAAAUACUAGUGUAUAAUGAAGAAAGUGGAUUAUAUGAACGAAAACUAGUGAGAAGAUAAUAUGAUGCAAAAAGGGAUUCUACUUUGUAAUUUGGUUAAUUGAAGGAAUUUGAUUAAAAUGGAAACAAAAUUCUAUCAAGAAAGAUAGUAGAGAAUGUUGAAUCAAGUUAAUAAUUGCAAAAGAGUGGAUGGGUUAAUCAUCAAGGAGUGUUAGAGAAAACUAUUAAUGUGCAGGAACCCGAUAAAUUCAUAGAGGAGGAGAUCUUGAUAAUAAAUCCAAAGACAGGUAAAUAGGAAAGAAGAUUAACAAGAAGACCAUAUUAACCUGGAGAUGAAAAGAUGGAAAUGGGUGAUAAUAUUCUUGAUUAAUAAGGGGGAAAAAAGAUAGUGUCAAGACGUAUUGUAGAGAAUGAUAGCUCAUCUGAGUUUUAAUUGUAAUAAGGUUGGAAGUAGAUAUCUGCUGGGAUGUUUGAAGUGCAAUUGUGUGCAGCUGAACCAGUGAAAUAUAUUGAGGAAGAGAUCUUAAUUGUAAAUAAGUAGACUAAAUAAAUGCAAAGAAAAUUAAUUCGAAGAUAAUACACUAUUAAGGAUUAGAAUUUGAAAAUAGGAGAUGACAUAAAAGAAAAGGAUGCUCAAGGAAAUAGAAUUUUAGCAAGACGUUUGAUUGAGAAUGUGCAAUCCUUGACUUAAUUGAAGAAGGAAGGAUGGUCUAAAUUAUCUGAUGGAACAUUGGAAAAAAUAUUGGCAAAUAUAGCUUAAAAGUUCAUUGAGGAAGAGAUCCUAGUUUACAAUCCAAGAACAGGUAAAUAAGAAAGAAGAUUAACAAGAAGACCUGUGAUGUUGGAGGAUGAUAAAUUUAAAGUUGGUGAAUAAAUUAAUGAAUAAUUGAAUGAUGGUACUAAAGUGGUUGCUAGAAGGAUAGUUGAUAGUGAUUUUGCAUUAACUAGUUGGUAAUAGAAUGAUUAAGGAAUUCUUAUUCAUUAAAUUAGUGAAGCUGAACCACUGAAAUAUAUUGAGGAGGAAGUAUUGUAAGUGAAUCCAGAGACUGGAAUGAUGGAAAGGAAAUUAAUUAGAAGACCAUAUAAUGAUUAAAAGGUGAAUUUGGGAAAAAAUAUUAACGAAAGUAAAGAGGAUGGUACAAUAGUAUUAUCAAGAAAAUUAGUGGAAAAUAAUGAGUCAUUAGCUUAAUGGAGAAGAGAAUCAGAUGGUAAAUUAGUAAAGGUAAUUAACCAUGAAGAACCAGAACAAUAUGUUGAGGAAGAAAUCAUAACAGUCAAUCCAAAAACAGGUAAACAGGAAAGAAAAUUAAUCAGAAGACCAUUUACUGAAGAUGAUAGAAAUGCAAUUAUUGGCGAUCAAAUAAUUGAUGAAAUUAAUAAUGGAUAAAAAGUUAUAUCAAGAAAGAUAAUUUCUAAUGUUUGUUCAAGUGAUGAUUGGAAAUAAAAUGAAGAUGGUCAUUUUGAGAUUGUUGUUGCUUAAUAGGAGCCAAUCAAAUUUAUUGAGGAGGAGGUUCUAUAAUAUAAUGAAUAGACUGGGAUGAUGGAAAGAAAACUAAUAAGAAGAGUAUUUUCAGCAUCAGCAUAAUUAGGAAAUAAUUUAUAGGAAACAGAUGAAAAAGGAAAUAUUGUUAUUUCGAGAAGAGUAGUUGAGAAUUUGUUAUCUUCAGAAUAACAAAAGAAAGAUGGGUGGAAAUAAAAUUAAGGAAAUUUGGAGUUAAUGUUGAAUGCAUAAGAGUCUUUGUAACUAAUUGAAGAAUAAGUACUAAUUAGAAAUCCAGAGACUGGCAAAUAAGAAUUAGUAUUAAGACGUCGUCCAUAUGUGGAAGGUGAAGAACCAGUUAAUCCAAGUGAUGGAUUACUAUUAUCAAGAAAAAUAAUUAAAAAUAAUCAAUCAUAGGGAUAACUAUUUAAUGAAGGAUGGAGUAAAACAAAUGGAUAAUUUGAGAAGAAGAUUCAUAAUGUAAUAAAUCCAAUAUUAUCAAAUAAAUUGAUCCCAGAUGAUCCUACUUCAUUGUAUUAUCUUGAAGAAGAUCAUAUUUUGACAAAUCCUAACACUUAAGAAUAAGAAAUUCAUGAACUUAAAUUCCCAUAUCAAGGGAAUCAACAUUUAAAAAUUGGAGAGGGAUUAAGAGAAAGAGAUGAUUCAGGAAAUCAAAUAAUUGCAAGAAAGAUAGUCACUAACAUAGAUCCUGAUUAUAACCCUUAUUAAGAUGUAGAGGAAAUUACAGAGAUCAUUGGAAGUGGAAAGGUUAAUGAGUUUUAUGCACUUUAAAAAUUGGUUAAUAUCACUGAAGUUAUUAUAAGUAAGAAUUUGAAUGAGAAAUAACCAAAUGGAUUCAUCAUCAGAUCUAGAGUGGUUAUUAAUGAAUAUCAAAAGACUUAAUAAUAAGGUUGGAGAAAAUUGAGUGAAUCCGAGAUUCCACCAGGAAUAAGAUAGUGGAAUUAGAAUAAAAGAUCCAUGUAUUAGAUUGAUGAGGACAGUUAGGAACACAGAGAUUCUUAAUAUAGAUCAGUUGAUGAACAGAAUUAGAUAAGGAUUUUGGAUUAGAAGUUGAGUGUCAAUGGAAAAUAUGUAGAGGAAGAGAUUUUGAUAAAGAACCAACACACUAAUAAAUAUGAGAGAAGACUGUAAAGAAGAUAUACAAAUGAAAAUACAUUUGGUGAUGAUUUGGAUGAACUAAUAUUAGACAUUAAAUAUCUAGCUAGAGCAGAAGUUCAAUACUAAUUAGAAUUAACGAAGUAAGGAUGGAUGGAGGUAGGCAAUUAAGUAUUGUAAAGAGUCAUAGCUAAAAACGAGACUUUGUAAAUGAUUGAAGAGGAACUAUGCAAUAAGGAGAAACAUGUAUAAGUGUUCAUACUAAAACCUUACAAGAAUGAACAGGUGUAAAUUGGUGAAAUGGAUGAAUUAUAAGAAAAUGGAUUACAUUUAAUGAGAAGAUCGAUUGUUAAUAAUAGAUCAUUGGCAUACUAUAAGAACAAUGACUUUAUUAAGAACAAAGAUGGAACCUAUAUUAAAUAAAUUAAAGGCGGUAUCACAAUGAAGAUUCCAAAAUACUAAGAAUAAAAUUUUGUUCGGAGACCUACUCAAAGACUCUCUUAAAUUCAAUAGAUUGAAUAACACAACAACAACAUCAUUAAGAUUGGUAUUACUGAAAAUGGAUAGGAUGAACCUGCCAUUGUUAAUAGAACUACCAAUUCAGACAUUUCAGAGACUGAUAAGAUGUUUCUCAAAUAAUUAGAAAGAGGAACUAAGAAAGAUAGAUCGAACAUAUAUUAGAAUAUCUUGAAUGAUGAAUAAUUGAGAGGAAGAAUCAACUCGGAUAAGAAUAAUAAGAGUCCUUCUUCGCCUUUUAGUGAAUGUUCUAUCCCUAAUAGAGGCAAAAUAUUAUCCAAAGUUUUGAAUAAAUUUGUUAAAACCUCAUUAUCUCAAGCUAUGAAUGAGCUUUAAUUAAUUUAUUUGGCUUAUAGACAAAAGAAGAGAUAAACUUAUCAAAGAAACUCCACUAAUUUAACAAACAUUCUAGCCAAUUUAUUCUAUCGUCAACCUUUUGACACUUUGAUUGAGCAUAUGCAAAAAAAUGUCAUUGAAUUUGAUGAAGAUGAUGUCAUUAAAUAUAAUGAAAUGUUAGAUGAGAAUAAAAUAAUUGCUAUGGAAAUACAACCAACUGGCAAUGAAGGAUAAGCAGCAGAACCAGUUGAAUUGAAUGUUACACCUCCUGAGAAAAAAAGGAUUCUCAAAAUCAAACCUAAAGGCUAACCAGAAACUAAAAUAGUUGGCAGUAUUUCUCAACAUGAUAGUGUAUAACCCUACUAAAGAAAGAGUGUAGUCCAUAAUACAAUGAAAGUCUAGACUCCGUAUUAGAGAUCUGCAGGAAGAGCCUCAACUGUAAUUAAACCAAAUACUUUGCAAAGUUCUUAAAGUCUCAAACCAACUACUUAACUUGCGUAAUUAUUUUUCAAUAUUUAAUAGACGUGGUUCACUUCAAAAUAUCUCAGUUCCAUUUGGAUUGCAAUAACCAAGAACUAAUGGUAAAAAGAAGACUAAUAAAAUUAAAGAGGCUCAAGAGAAAUCAAACUCUUAGAGUAAUAAACAUAGUUAAACUCCAUUGUCCUAAUCUUAUGUAUUUAUUCAAACUAAUUAAUUAGGCAACCAUAAGUUAAAACUAAUCUUAAGCAUCAAUUUAAAAACAAAUGUCAUAAGAACAAUUGGCACAAAUACAAAAGAAUAAAAUUGCAUCAUAAUUUAAAAGAAUGGGAUCAGUGCAAUUAUCUGGAGCAUUCAAAAAACCAUGA